UCGGCAGUCUGCUGAAUCAAAACAAUGGCCGACUGGCGACCCAGCGCUUCACCUCUUCAGCUCUUUUUACAUGUUUAACAGACAAACUGUCUUCGACUCUGCGUACGGGACUCUCUCUGGGAUGGAUAGAUGAGUUCAUGAGUGUAUUUUGAAAGACAAAAGCCAGCUGUUCGCCGCCAUAAUGAGCGACGUUGUGGAGAGGACCCUGACAGCUCUGCCGAGCCUCCUGUCUUUAGACUCUCAGCCCGGAUCCGCAAAACUGUCCUCCACCUCCAAACUGGGAAACCUCAUCAGGGGGAUCACUGAGCUAACGUCCAAACAUGAGGAAGAAAAACUAAUUCACCGUGAACUAGCGUCCAUCAAAGAACAGGUGUCUUCCCCCAACACCUCCAUGAGGCAGAUGAAGGAGCUCAUGGUGCGAGCGAUCUACUGUGAAAUGCUCGGUUAUGAGGCUUCGUUCAGCUACAUUCACGCCAUCAAACUGGCUCAACAAGGCACUGCUCUGGAGAAAAGAGUCGGUUAUCUGGCUGUGUCUUUGUUUCUGAACGAAAGUCAUGAGCUGCUCCUUCUCCUUGUGAACACUGUAUUAAAGGACCUUCAGAGCUCAAAUCUUAUUGAAGUGUGCAUGGCUCUAACUGUGGUCAGCCAGAUGUUCCCCAAAGAUAUGAUUCCUGCAAUCCUUCCUCUUGUUGAGGAUAAACUGAAUCACCCAAAAGAAAUCAUUAGACGAAAAGCAGUCCUGGCACUUUAUAAAUUCUACCUAAUAGCACCGAAUCAAGUUCAACACAUCCACAACAAGUUUCGUAAAGCUCUGUGUGACAAGGAUCCUGGUGUCAUGACAGCCUCACUACACAUCUACUUACAGAUGAUCCAGGAGAAUCCAGAAGGUUAUAAGGACCUGACGGCAAGUUUUGUCACCAUACUGAAACAAGUGGUGGGAGGAAAGCUGCCAAUGGAUUUCAACUAUCACAGUGUCCCUGCUCCAUGGCUGCAAAUUCAGCUUCUCAGAAUACUGUCAAUACUUGGGAAAAAUGACCAAAGUACAAGUGAGAUCAUGUACGAAGUCCUCGACGAGUCUUUACGGAGAGCAGAGAUGAAUCAUAACAUCACCUAUGCAAUAUUAUACGAGUGUGUAAAAUGUAUUUACACCAUUCAUCCCAAAUCUGAUCUUUUGGAAAAAGCUGCAAAGUGCAUUGGCAACUUUGUUCUGUCGCCGAAGAUUAAUCUCAAAUAUCUCGGUUUGAAGGCCCUCACCUACGUGGUCCAGCAGGAUCCUAAACUGGCCCUGCAGCAUCAGAUGACCAUCAUAGAGUGUCUCGAUCACCCCGACCUCAUCAUCAAGCGUGAGACGCUGGAGUUGCUCUUUCGGAUCACUAAUGCCCAGAAUGUCAUGGUCAUUGUGGAGAAGAUGCUUGAGUUUCUGCGCAUCAGUAAAGAUGACUACACUACUAUUGACCUGGUGGGGAAGGUGGCAGAACUGGCGGAAAAAUAUGCACCAGACAAUGAAUGGUUCAUUGAGACCAUGAACACAGUGUUUUCAGUGGGUGGAGACAUGAUGCAGCCUGACAUCCCAAACAAUUUCCUUAAACUGCUGUCUGAGGGAUUUGACAGCGUGGAGGAAGACAGGAAGUUGAGGCUGUUUGCUGUGGAUUCAUAUGUUUCACUACUGCAAGGAGAGCCUGGCAAACUGCCACAGCGCUUCCUCCAAGUCAUCAGCUGGGUCCUUGGUGAAUACUCCCACUUAAGGGAGGAACUUGAACCGGCUACAGUCCUGAGGCUGCUGUCCAAACUGUUGGACACAAAGAACACCAGCAGUGAAACCAAGAGCUGGGUCCUCAUGGCAAUAACCAAACUCUGUGAGGGCGCGGCGGGCGUUUCUGUGGCUAAGGAGGUUUCUGAAACAUACAGCAGCUCCCUGGACACAGUACUGAGGCAGAGAGCUCAGGAGCUUCAGCAUCUCAGCCAAGACUCUGAACUACGAGCCAGAGUGGUCCCCCGAGACGCCGGGCUCAAACCCCUGGAGGUGGAUUCAUCUCUGUCAUUUCUGGAUGGAUUUGUGUCAGAGGCGUUGGCUGCUGGUGCUGCUCCAUACAAGCCUCCCCAUCAGCGUCAGGAAGAACUGGCUCAGGCAAAAGCGUUGAGCCUGGAGCCAUACGGCUUGUCCCUGCCCAUCAGCAUGUCCUCCUGCAGCAUUGCAGACAGGCAGUCUCCUACACUGUUAUCCAUGAGCUCUGGUCUGUCGGGCAAUAGCACCGACCACUCACAUAAGGGAUGCUCUACAACUCUGAAGCUGGACGGUGUUAAGAGGGUGUGGGGGAAGGAGGGAUACUUGGCACAGAGGGAGUCUGUGGAGGAGGCUGCCCAGGUUGAGCUUCCCAGCCCCCUGCGAUCACCCAGCCAGCAGGGAGAGACUGACAGCUCCCACAGUCAGACUCCCACUCCGAUACCGACCCCCGAGCCCGAACACGAGAAACAGCAGCUGGCCUCUUCGCUGUUUGUCGGCCUGGGUUUACAGAGCUCUGUGUGUCUGCAGAUGGGAAAAUCUGAGCCGACACCCCAGCGAUUCAGAAGAAAAGCCCAAGGUCCGGGCUCGUCCUCGGCUGCCAGCGAGCAGAUGUCCAACUCCCUCGUCUCUACUCCGAGUACAGUGGAUAACUUGCUGUGUGACAACCUCCUGGACUCCAACAUCACCUCAGAGCUGGAUGUUUCUUCACUGACACAGACAUCUGAGCUCUCUGAGGAUCUAACUACUGCAAAUGGCACCUGUGAUGUAGAGUUAGCUGAGAGUGACAUAAAGCGAAGUAACCCCUCUCUCAUUAGGGAUAACGGCGUUGCUGUAGCUGCCAAUCCUACUCCACACGAGGACCCAGACAGACCUAAAGACUUGUGUCUCAGUACUCAUCUUCCUGCAGAGUUCUCUGGCCUCCCCCACUCAGAAAUCACUCCUCUGUGCUCCAACCAAAGCCUGGAUCUCUCAGCCUGUCACAUGCAGAAAGAAGAUUCUUUAUCGCUAGUUAUUUUCAUUUACAACUCCUCUGACUCUGAAAUUCAACAGAUACUACUAGAGCUUGACUCAGAUGAACUUGAGGUAUCCUGUGUGUGUGACAGUCCAGUGCAGGAGGUGAGAAGCCACGGUGUAGCAGUGUGUCAGUAUUCCCUGACUGUGAAGAGGCCUUCAGUCCAUGUUGAAGUAGUUGGGAUGGUAUCUUACCAGCUGCCUGUUGGGACGCCUCAGUCAGUCCAGUUCUCAUACAAACUGCCUCUAACCAGCUUCAUCAGACCUUUGACUGUGUCCACAGAAGAGUAUGGGACAAUGUGGCUGGCCUUCUCUCACGAUACAAAGCAGAACCUGACGCUGAUAAGUGAAGGCCAGCAAUCUCUCGCAGCCACUCUGAACGUGCUGAAGAAGAAACUUCAUCUUCAUGUCGUGGAAAUCAUAGGUAUGGAAGGUAUUGUAGCUUGCCGGCUCCUCCAGGAUCAGCCAUGUCUGAUGCACUGUCGUGUGCAUGCGGGAACGCUGGCUGUGUGGCUGCGCUCUCCUGUCCCUGAGCUUCCCGACUGCCUGAUCUACCACUGUCAGAGAGCUUUACAGGAGCACUGACCCCGACUGCAACACCUCUACUGACUCCACUGAGCAACACGAUCACCUGACCCUCAACCACUGCAGAGGAAGGGACACAGAGCAGCAGUGCAGAACAGAACAGAACAGAACAGAACAGAACAGGAGACAGAACAUCUGAUGUGCAUUCUCAUCUUUAUAUUCACAUUUGUUUGUCACUUCCAAUGUAAGUUACACAGCAGGAUUUGCUUUUGAAUCAUUUAUUUUUAACAAAUUAGUGGAAAUCCAUAGUUUGGAAGUCAUGGUUGAUAAAAACCUCAGGGCCAAGAUAUUGUGUUUUUAACCUUCUGUGGGUGUUUGACAUUUCAGAAUAACACUUAUGUCUUAAGAUGAUGACAGGGCUCCAUAAUGACUUGAAAACUUCAAUGUUUGAAACAUUGUGAGGGAAAUGAAUGUUAAGUUUGAUAUUAUUGGAAAAUAAUGAAUUUCUACAGUUGUUUUUUGCACCCCCCUGGUCUGCAUGCUAAUAACCAGAGAUUACUGAUUUGUGACAUGAUUUUAAAACAUAGUUACAUUUUCUUGGUUAGAAUGAUCAUGACAGACAGAACAAAUACAUACAAAGGUCAUCUCUUUUCUUCAUUAGCACCUUAAAGUUCCAGUGUGUAACAUUUAGGAGGCUCUAUUGGCAGAAAUUAAAUUUAAGAUUCAUAGGUUUUCAUUCAUGUGUAAUAUAGGAAUUGUUAUGUUUUUGUUACUUUGGAAUGAGCCUUUUAUAUCUGCAGUUGCAGCGGGUCACCUUCCAGGGAGCCAGCCAUGUUUCUACAGUAGCCCAGAAGGGACAAACAAAAACUAUAGGAGGCUAUAGAUAGUUUCUCCUUCACGCUUGGAAGUGGAGGGUCUGUAACUACACUGCUAGAUGAAACUAAAUCCUACACACUGCUCCUUUCAUUGCUGGUAUUAACUAAAAUGUUUAGUUCUUUUCAAGUUCAUCAAUACUGAUUGAAGCAAUACUGAUUGAAAUGGAAACAACACAAAUUCUUGCUUUGGACUGGUUGAUGUCAUUUAUUAGGUGUUUUUGGAGUAGCACAGGGAAUAUAUUGAUAUCUUUUAAGAGUACCAAAUGAAUUGCUUGUUAUUUGUGGUAUGGAAACAGUUUAAACUAAUAUUUACAGUGAGCUGCUUUUGAGUAAAGAACCUGCUCGUCUUUGCUGCUGAAGUAAAAAGAGGUUUACAUCCCUGUCUGUCUAAAGGGUUACAUUAAGCUGACAUUAACCUCUGACUGCAGCAGUUACACGUAUGUCUUACAUCUGUGAUGAAAGUAUUUUGUCUUAAAUGUAGCAAUGAAGAUCUCACUCUGCGAUGUCCGUGUUGUCCGUUUGUCAUUCUGAUGAGGAGCAUUUUAGUUUUCCCUCAUGUUUUGCAGAUGCUGCCUUCUGUGUGAUAUGAUUAUCUAUGCACUCAUGUUUGUGGUUUGUCAGUUCCGGUGAGAGGUGGAUUUUAGCAGUCUUUGAUUAUUAUAUUUUUGUAUCAAUGCAGUAUUAACAUAUUUAUUGGAUUUAUAUUCUUACAGAAAAUAUUUUAUAUUCACUUCUCUGAAA